CUCGCUCCCGCCCCGCCUGUGCCGCCGCCGCGGCCGCGGGCGAAGCAACUUCACGAGCGCCCCGGCCGGCCGGACCCCGACGCCUCCCCCGGCCCAGCGCGGAGCCCGCCGAGGCCAUGGACGCGCUGGCCUGGCUGCUGCCCCCGCUCCUGCUGCUCUGCGCGCGCCAGCACCGCGGCGCCAGGCUCUGUGCCUGGAGCCCUGCCUGUGACCAGUGGGCCUGCAUUUCCAGAGCAAUGAAUGACAUUGGGGACUAUGUUGGCUCCAACCUGGAGAUAUCCUGGCUCCCUAACCUGGACGGCCUGAUGGAGGGCUAUGCCCGGAACUUCCGGCCCGGCAUUGGAGGCCCCCCUGUGAAUGUGGCACUCGCCAUCGAGGUGGCCAGUAUCGACCACAUCUCGGAGGUGAACAUGGAGUACACCAUGACGGUGUUUCUGCACCAGAGCUGGCGGGACAGCAGGCUGUCCUACAACCACACCAACGAGACCCUGGGCUUGGACAGCCGCUUCGUGGACAAACUGUGGCUCCCAGACACCUUCAUUGUGAAUGCCAAGUCCGCCUGGUUCCAUGACGUGACGGUGGAGAACAAGCUGAUCCGGCUGCAGCCCGAUGGGGUGAUCCUCUACAGCAUCCGAAUCACCUCCACGGUGGCCUGUGACAUGGACCUGGCCAAGUACCCCAUGGAUGAGCAGGAGUGCAUGCUGCACCUGGAGAGCUAUGGCUAUUCGUCAGAGGAUAUCGUCUACUACUGGUCAGAAAACCAGGAGCAGAUCCACGGUCUGGACAAGCUGCAGCUGGCCCAGUUCACCAUCACCAGCUACCGGUUCACCACAGAGCUGAUGAACUUCAAGUCGGUGCCAUGGUGUGUGGCGGGUCAGGCGAGGGACGUGCUGGGUCCUGACAGGGGCGGUCCCCCUGCAGCCGGCCAGUUCCCCCGGCUCAGCCUGCACUUCCACCUGCGGAGGAACCGGGGCGUCUACAUCAUCCAGUCCUACAUGCCCUCCAUCCUCCUGGUCGCCAUGUCCUGGGUGUCUUUCUGGAUCAGCCAGGCCGCAGUGCCCGCCAGGGUGUCUCUAGGCAUCACCACGGUGCUGACCAUGACCACGCUGAUGGUCAGUGCUCGCUCCUCCCUCCCACGGGCGUCAGCCAUCAAGGCGCUGGAUGUGUACUUCUGGAUCUGCUAUGUCUUUGUGUUUGCCGCACUGGUGGAGUACGCCUUUGCCCACUUCAAUGCUGACUACCGGAAGAAGCAAAAGGCCAAGGUCAAGGUCACAGAGCAGAGGGCCGAGAUGGAUGUGAAGAACGCCAUCGUGCUCUUCUCCCUCUCGGCCGCGGGUGUCACCCAGGAGCUGGCUGUGUCCCGCCGGCAGUGCCGUGUGCCCAGGAACCUCAUGGGCUCCUACAGGUCGGUGGAGGUGGAGACUGGGGAGACCAAGAAGCAGGGUGGGCCACGCUCGGGGGCUCAGGGGGGCCUCCGUGCACUUUUCAAGCCCAUCGACGCGGACACCAUUGACAUCUACGCCCGUGCUGUGUUCCCCGCGGCCUUCGCUGCCGUCAACGUCAUCUACUGGACAGCCUACACCAUGUGAGGCUGGGGCUGGGGCUUCACUUGUCCUGCUGCCCAGAGGCUCUGGGGAGAAAGGCCCCUCGGAUGGGUGUGCCUGCUCCGUGUCUCAAAGUGGGGACGACAACAGACCACAUAGAACAAGAGGGAAGCCUCGGCCUCCCUAAGCCCCUCGCUGUCCCCACCCUCCCGGACACCGCCUGGGCUCUCCCACAUGCCUGCCCUGCAGACACCCCGGCCCAGCUCCUCCUUCCCAGCGCUAGAGCCGCCUGACCCUGAGGUUGGGCCAGGUGGGCGCAGGGCCUUCAGGGGGCUAUGCAUUUGGCUCAGAAAUGGCCCUGAUUCUAGGACUUUGCUCCAUGGGACUGGGAGCAGGAGGAGCCCAGGUGUGGACGGUGCUCAUUGUCUGGUGAAAUGGUGGAGAAGGACGUUCGUGGGCCUUUAGUCCCAGCAUGAAAUAAAAAAAAGCCUUUGGCCGCC